AUGGUGCGUCGGAAAGCUGAAGCAAGGUCAUAUGAUAGAAUAACAUAUAAGGAGCAUUCUAUGACUCAUGGUUUAAUAAACAAACCCCCUCGCAAGUCACAUGUUUUGAGAGAAAUUAGAUAUUUGAGGAAAUCUGUGAUGCUACUGAUACCAAGAACCUCAUUUUCUCGUUUAGUGAAAGAAAUUAUUAUAAACUUAUUUCCCAAUUCUUUUGUAAAUAGAAUACAAUCAAUUGCACUUGAAGCACUACAAGAAGCAACUGAAGCAUAUAUGGUUCAAUUUUUUGAAGAUUGUGUAUUAUUGUCAUUACAUGCAAAACGUGUAACUCUUCGAAUUCAUGACAUGAUUUUGACGCGACGACUCAGAGGAAGAGGAGAUAUUAUAAAUAAAUAA